AUUGUUUUCUUUAUUUAAAUGAAAUAUGUAUGUUCUCUGUAAUCGGUUUACCAUGAGAAAUUAAAUAAAAAACGACAACACAAAAACACUCAUUUGUUUGCCCAAAUCAGAAUUUUCCUUUAAUGUUAAAUACAAACUAUUUUACUAUAACAAAAAAAUAUCCCACCUUUGACCUUUUUAAGAGAUAAUUCACAGAGUAAAAUUAUUUUGCUUAAUGGAAGAAAGAGUUAAAAUCACACUGCUGUAAUCACGGCUGUAGAGGAAUGUGCACGCUCUGCAGGGUUGAAAUGAGGAACUUCUCUCUCCCCUUUCAUUGUAUUUGUUCUCAUCACCUGGUUGAGUUGCCCCGCCUCAUCUUUGUGACACUGAGCCAUUGUUGUUUACAGUCACACCCUCCUGAACAAGAGUUCCAUGUCAAGGAAAGCAGACACUUUGGGGAAUAGCAGAGACAACACCUUUUCCUCCUUUUCCACUGCGGACCGCCGAUUUCAUUUUAAAUCACGCUUCAACAUGCUGCUCCUGAUUCUACUCGCCAGCUGUUUGGCCUCACGUGCUGCUCAGAGCCUCGACCUGGGACCCGUCCCAGCAGCAGUCGCUGUUACUGCGGGAACAAUCAACUCUGAACUUGUCUCUACUGCACAAAACGCUCUUCCAGGAAAUACUGUGGCCUUCUUUGUGGCAGCUGUCCAAUCCAAUCUGGAGCUAAAUGAAGAAUUAGUAAGCGCAGCUCUGGGCGAGGUCAAGAAGCUCAUCCAGCAAAUAUACCCUCAACCCGAGUUGAUGUUAACACUCAAGAGCAUCACAUUAAAGGAAACCAGGACAAUUAAAUCAGUAUAGGUAACCCGUGUUAAUAAUGUAAGAUAUUAACCCAGGAUAAUUAUCUAGAAAUUCAAGUUAAUUAAUAUUAAUAUUAAGUUAAUUGAACCCAGCCAAGUAACCAUGUAGAUUAAUUCUUUGCAGCUGGCCUGCUUCAGAGCAGCCAGGCUAUAAUUAAAUGUUUUAAAUCUGUUGGCAGUCUGAACCGGAAUAAACGUGUUUAACAGUUAUUUGUCUUCUAAAUGCGUUCUGAUUUCUUUUUUAUUAAUGCGUGUAACACCCGUCCCAUGUAGCUCCAUAGUAAUAGGAAAAUCUAGUAAUAUGGAGGGGACCAAGUUAGACUGUCAGGGAUAACGCAUAUGCCAAAUCUUGUAUAUUUUAGUAAUCUAUACCGUGCUGUCUAAAUCAAUUUUACGCCCAGGCUACAAAUGCAUUGCUUGUCAUUUUUGCUGUCACCAUUUUGAUUUUAGUAAUACUAAUAAUAACUUUUUUUUUUUUCAUAGCACCUUUCAAAACAAAGUUUUAUAAAAUACAAAAGAGUUUAUAAUGACAAAAAAUCUGUCAAAUAUAUAAACAAGCCAGCUGGUAAAAGUGAGUCUUUAGAGGAGAUUUAAAAGAGGACACAGUCUCGGUGCUAUGAAGGGAACAGAAGGGGAUCAUUAUUAUUCAUAUAGACAAUCAAUUGAUUGGAGACAAUAUUUUCUAAAAUAUUUUAUAGAAAUGGGAGCUUGGGAAUGGUUCUAAAAUUGGUUAAAACUGAGAAAGUGAGAUUCUUUAAGAAGGGCAAACGGUGGCAUGUUUAAAGCUUGAGGGACAAAUACCUGUUGACAGGGAGCAGUUAAUAAUGGAUAAAAUGUGAUGACCAACCGUCAGCUUUUAAAAUCAAGUGGGAAUACAGUCUGAAGGACAGGUGGAUGAUUUAGAAAGUGCAAUAGUGCACUUUAAGUAUAACAGAGAUAUUUCACUGAAGUGGGAUAGUAGAGAUGGUAUGAGUUCUGUAUUGAAAUGGAGCCGAAUCUCCUGCACCAUCGCCUUCCCGUUUCUGAACAAAGCUGUGGAUGAAGUGGUGUCUCCAGUUUUCUCCAAUCUCUUUUUCUCCGGUGCUGUAGAGCAUGUUAAUCAAUUUUGUGCUGCCAUCUCUUCCGCAUGACCCACGAGCUGGUCUUUUUUGCCUCUUGGCCAGAGCAAGGAGACACACUCAGAAGACAUCCACACACUGGACCACACACUGGAUUCAGGCCUGAUUCACCUGCCCUGAUUCACCAGCGUUCGGUAUGGACCUGAGACUCCUGCUGGUUGCUUCUGCUCUCCUCCUGGGGGCCACACUCAGCCUCUCACUGGCCGACGGAACCUCACAGUGCAAAGUCAAAUGGUUGUUCGGCAUCUCGUGCGAAGAUGUAACUGUAAAGCUGGUGAGCCAGAUCAAGGCCUGGCAGAUUGGGCAAAGCUGUCAAUAUGAAGGAGAGAGGUGCUCGUAUGAGCUUGUGUCGACGGCUCCAUACGUGAUCAAAGCCACGCACACGACUCCUGCGACCAAAAACGUCAACGACCUUCAGUUCCUUCUAGAGCAGUCCACCGUUUGCAAAGUGACCGGAGAGGCAGGAUCUGAGUUCCCCAAAGAUCUAGCUGAUGACAGCGUCAACUACUGCAGCCUCCAGAACCUCAUGGAUGGAAGUGACCUGAUCAGUGCAGAGGGAUACAAACAGUUCAGCAAUAAGUGGAUCUGUCCCGGGUUUGAUUCUGGCAACUGCACCUUUCUUUAAGAGGACAUCUCAUAAAUCACUAAUUGAGGCUUCAGACAAUACUGGUUCCUAACAGUGUAUUUAUCUUAGGCCUCAUUACAAUAUAUGUUAAUCAUCUGAGACACACUUUAUAAUUAUAGGUUAACCAGUAUUAUUAAAUUAACCAGUUAUCGGUUUUACAUGAACACAGAUGUUAACAGUUGAUGCUUCUGAAUUGUAUGAACAA